CGGUCUGUCGAAAGUUGGUUUUAGAAAUCGAGAUCGUGGACGAGAGCUUCUUUGGGGUCCUUUCGGAGCUCCGCCGAAUUUCUAGGAAUACGGGGUUUUACGAUGAUGGGGCAAGGCGAGAGAAGGAAAGGGAAGGGAAGGCGAAACGAAUGGAGCACAAAUCGCAGCACCUUCGGAACCACCGAAAUCACAGCGAAGAAUUCACAGCUCUGACAGACGCCCUUCUCGGAACGGCGUGGGUAGAAUUUAGAGAAUUGGUGAUGCCAACAUUGGUCGCAGAAGAGAGGCACCGAUUGCCAAUCGAGCCAUGCAGCUUGGCCUUCUUCUUCUCAUUCCUCCAGCCCUGGGAAUGAAUCCAUCCAUACACAGCACGUCAGACCCGACCGACGACGUGCUUCAUCCGAUCUUGGAACCCCAGUCUCGAUCCUGCUUUCAAAGCGGAACGAGGAGUGGAUCCAUCGGAAUGGGCUAUGGGAGUGUCACAGUCAGUGGGAGCGAAGCACAUCGUGGAGUCAUGUCCACUUAGGAUCACAGUCCAGCCCAGCCAUCGCCAAGAUGACGCCAUGAAUUGUAUCUGCACAGUGUGACCCCGUCCAUCCUCACACGACAUGAUCGUCUUCUUCCCGUCCCGUACUCCGAUGUCUGGGAAGACCGUCGAAAGUGCGACAUUGCUGCGCCAUUGCAGCGACAGAAGGAAGAAAGGAAAGGCGAAGCGCGGUCUCUUUCCGGGCUCCAUGGCCGGACGGGGAGGGCCAAUCAUCGGUGCAGAGGGUUCUAGGCACGCAGGCACGCCGGCCCGGGGCAAGUGAGUCGAUGUCAAUGAUGGCUGCCACCUCCCUCGUCCUUCCUUCCUUGCUUACUAAGCUCGCGACGGGAAUCCGUCCGGUGUCAGUCGCCAGUUGCCGAAACAGUAGGUUUCUCGUAUCCGUGCUCACCAAGUUCUCGAAGCGAUGGCUGACAACAUCUCGAGCCACAGUCACUCGCAAAGCUCCCGCUCCCGCUGCCGAUGCUGAUGCUGCUGUACUUGAUUGGCGUCUAAAUACUAUUGACCGGUGCAUCGUCAGUGCGCUCCUAUUACUGUCGUCCAAUUUAAUAUCCAUUUAUGUGCAUUUCUACUCCACUCCACUCCACGGUACGCAAGCAGGCUCGUAAAUGAACGACGCCGUCUGCAGGACUUGCAUCGGGGUGCAGCUCGCGAGCAGUCACUGGCUGACGUGUUGCGAAUUGAAUAAUCUGAUCCGUCCCAGAAUCUCACUCCAAUCUCUCCAAUCAUCCGAGCGCUUUGUCGUGUUAAUGUACGGGGAUCUCCACCGAGCGAGCGAUUCCAGAACCUGCCGAGGCCGAAACUGAAGUUCGUGCUUUUGUGCAGUCGAAGCUCAAGUCGGAUUUAGAGUCGGUUUCGGAGGAUUUUGGAAGCCAGGUUAGCUCGAAACGGGGGUUGGCUUUGAAUCAAUCUUCUGAGCACUCGAUUGAUGACUGGGCCCGGAAGGGUCGAGCUCUGGGAUCUCUCGCUGGGACGUCCAGUGCUUGCUUUGUACUCGAGGAGCUGGCCCCAUGGUCAACGUCGCGGUACGCACGCACUCGAGCGAUGGAUUCCAUGAAUUCGGGGCACAGUCGAAUGAAGUGCGCACGCACCGUAGACCCCCGAGCUCGCAAGCUGCUCAUGCAAACUGGAGUACGAGAAUCUAGUGCUCCACGGCUAGAGCAAUUAAGCGUUUCCAUCAUCAAGUCUACCUCUGCUCUGCUCUGCUCUGCCCUACCACCACCAUCACCAUCACCUCCACCCCAACCUCCAUCCCCCGAGACCUCUUCCUCACCGAAGGUUGUAGAUGUCCAGAGAGUCGGUCCGUCAGUCGAGCCAUGUCUGCAAUUGAGCCAUCCAUUCAUCAAUACGAGUCCACUUCGGGCAGGCAUCGAGGACCACCACCAUCCGCAGCGAGGUUACUGGGUGGGUGGAAAUGGAUGCAGUUCUGAUAACGAAUUAAAGGUGAGGGAAAUGCCUCGAGGUGUCGAGCCGAGAAGAGGUUUGGUAAGACGAAUUGUUAAAUCUAAUGAGGAUGAUGACGCUUUGAGUGCCGGCAGGCAUUCGGACGCCGACAUGAUGGUUGUUGUCAGCCACCGGACAGACGAUCGACGACGAGCUGAGUCGAGGAAUCUCGAAUAAGCAAGCGGCGAUGGAGGCUGAUCGCUGUCAUUCGUCGCUCCUCCUGUGCCCACUGCUGUCACCCGACGUCACAUCUGCCUCGAGAUGACGAGCAACUGCCUCGGGCCCCAGCCAGCAGUAGUACGGUGAGGUUCUUCGGGACUCAGGGACACCCCCACACCCAAACGUCGAAGAAGCUCUCGAUGCCACGAGAGGUCUCUCUUAGGACACACUCACCGAGCGAGAAGCCAUUUUGCUCGUACGUCGAAGAGUCUGAUCCCCAGGCAGAAUCUCUAAAUCACCACCACCCGUCGAGCACAAGUGUGAGAUGUUGUCACUGUUACGACAUCGAGCAGCUUGCUGCUUCUUCUUGGGACUUGACAUUCUCCUCCUCGUCGUCCAGAGUUGAGUGAAUCACUGAGAGAUUGCAGACAUUGGAACAGACGAGAUCAUGAUCGCGCAGUUAUUACACGGGAACAUCGAAGGAGACAAAUACUCCGACUGCCAGGUUACAGUCGAUUGAUGUUCUCGAGCUGACAGAGUGAAACAUUGUUGUAGUACAUCUCACUGAGCACAAUCUUCCACCCACAAAAGCUCUAAUUUCCAUCAAUUUUCAUCAAGGCUGCUGAGUUGUAGAAAACUAAUUCUCAUAACCGAGACCGAGAAAU